AUGAAGCUCCUAGACAUUGCUCUCCUGGGCCUCAUACCCGCCCUCAUUACGCUCCACCUCCUCGUCGCCCCAGACACAAAAGUUGAGGAGUCCUUCAAUAUUCAAGCUACCCACGACGUCCUCAUCUACGGCACCCCCACACAUGACGUUGCCGCCCGUCUACGUGCCACUUACGACCAUUUUGAGUUUCCCGGCGCCGUACCUCGGACGUUUGUCGGCCCCGUCCUCCUCGCCGGCCUCGGCGGGCCCGUCGUCAACCUCGUCGGCUUCCGCCACGCCCAGCUCGUCGUCCGCGCACUCCUGGGGCUCGCCAAUGCCGCCGCGCUGCUAGUUUUCGCGAGAAGCCUGGCUAAGGGGCUGGGGAUGGGCGUGAUGAGGUGGUGGGUUCUGUUGCUGGCGGGCCAGUUUCAUGUCAUGUUUUACGCUUCUAGGACGUUGCCUAACAUGUUUGCCUUUGCAUUGACAACGCUUGCCUCGGCAAACCUCCUCCCCUCUCCAUCCUCCAAAUCUCACUCCGCGCGCCUCCGCGUCUCGAUCUCUCUCCUCGUCUUUGCCGCCACAAUCUUCCGCUCCGAAGUUGCCCUCCUCCUAGCGACCACGGGUCUCUACCUUCUCCUUGCGCACCAGAUCACGAUACCCCGUCUCAUCCGCCCCUUUCUGAUCUCCUUCGCCGUUGCCCUCGCCGUCUCCGUGCCCCUCGACUCCUACUUCUGGCAGAAGCCUCUUUGGCCGGAGCUCUGGGGCUUCUAUUACAACGCCGUCCUCGGCUCCUCAUCCAACUGGGGCGUUUCUCCUUGGCACUACUACUUCUCUUCGGCGUUGCCGCGUCUGCUCGUCAACCCCCUGACUUUACUUCUCCUGAUCCCGCUGGCUCUCUCCCACCCAGCGAUGUCCCACAUAGCUGCCGGCCUUGUGGUGCCCCCGCUCCUUUUCAUCGUUAUCUACUCUCUCCAGCCCCACAAAGAAGCCCGCUUCAUCUUUUACGCCAUUCCGCCCCUGACCGCCGCCGCCGCUCAGGGCGCAAACCACAUCUUCACGCGCCGCUCCAAAACCCUCCUUUACGCUCUCGUCUCGGUCGCCCUUGUGAUUAGCGUCCUUGCCUCCCUCGCCGCCUCGACCGGCAUGCUCCUCCUCUCCUCCCUAAACUACCCCGGCGGCGACGCCCUCCACCAGCUGCACACCCUCGUUGCCUCCGACCCCUCGGGCAGCGGCGGCUCCGUCACCUCGGUCCAUACCGACGUCCUCAGCUGCAUGACGGGCGUCACCCUCUUUAACCAGAACCCCGGCGGGCUACCCAAGAACUCGCAUGCCCGCGCCCUCGAGAGCUCUCUCCGGGACGGCGCCCCCGCCUCGGCGAUGUCAUGGGGCCCAAUCCUUACGUUCGACAAGACAGAGGACAAGGCCGUCCUCGCCGACCCGGCGUUCUGGUCCCGCUUCGACUACGUCCUCGCCGAGGACCCAGCCUCUAUCAGGGGCGGCCAAUGGGAGACGGUUGGCUUCGUGCAAGGCUACGCCGGCGUUGAGAUUCUGCGGCCCGGGUCCGGGUCCCUGUAUGGAGGCGGCGAUGACGAGGAGGAAGGAGAGGGAAAGGUCCUGGGCCGCGGUCUCGUGGUCAAGCGGGUUCGGGACUGGGUCCGCGGUUUGACGGGUGGCUGGUGGGUCGGGCCGCGCAUGGAGUCGCGGAUCCGGAUCCUGAGACGGACCAAAGACGCCGGCGCCGGUGCGCGGAUCGUCUCCCAGUAG